UCUGUUAAUUGCAAGUCCAAUUUGGUUUAAAAGGGUCUCCUGAGGUUGUCUUUUGCUCUUAUUUUCAUUUGCCUGUUCCUCUUUCUCACGUGAACAGACGCUGUGCUCAUAGAUCAAGUGUGAAUUAGCGUGGUUUUCAUUGUUGAGAGGUAGAUUUGACUCCUUUUGUUACUCACUCUACCCUGAUUAAUACAGUUGUGUGACGCUAAAUUUUUUCACCAUCUUCUCGCCAUCCCCGGUUUAAAUAGUCGUGGUCAUCAUCAUCAAUAGACGGAUUAGAGAGUAAUCCACAGAAGCAGUUCUCAAUCAUGGUUCUCUGGUUCAAGACAGUACACGAUUACGACUUCAACUUUGAAACAGCAACGCUUGCGUUCUUCAACAAGUAUCCGAAUCCAUAUGCCUCGCAUGUUGAGUCAGUAGACACAGUGGACCGUCAGGUCAUCGAUGGGAAGCUUCAUACCACGAGACUUAUCCGCAAGAGAGGGAAACUACCAAGAUGGGUGAAACCGUUCCUGGGCAAGAUAUCCCACUCCUGGAUUGUCGAGAAGACUGUGCUGGAUCCACAGACCAAAGAGAUGACGGCAUAUCAGAGAAACCUUGACCACACCAGAAUCAUUCGUGUGGAGGAAUACACCACUUUCCGUUACGAGGAGCCUGAGAACAUGACAAGGGUAUCUUACAGGGUGAAGUUCAGCUCUGGAUUCAAGGGGUUUGGAGUGAAGAACAGAAUAGAGGCAUGGUCACACAGUAGAUUCCAGGAGAAUAUCAAGAACACAAGAUUAGGAAUGGCCUAUGUCAUGCAACAGUGCAAAGAGGGACAACGG